AUGUCCGAAAGCACAUGGAGACCAUGUUGGACGCGCGGUGAAAAGAUUCAGGAAAUGGUUUGGAUAGGCAAAGAUGUCCUCGCUUGGUCCAAUGGAAUUCACAUAACGUUCUUUCAUGUUAAUCAGAAAAAACGAUUCAUGAAACCUUGCGUCGAUCAGAAUACUGGCGAUGGUGCCUGUUGUCUCUCAGCACACGCCACAAUUCCGAUCUUUGCGUUUUCUGAAAAGAUCCUCACACCUAGAAUCCUUAUUUUUGCUUAUCCUUCGAUGACGAAGAUAUCCGAGUGCAUACAAGGAUCUAAAAACGGAUAUUCGGCUAUUGCCUUCACUGCAGGGGAUUAUCUCGUGUCAGUGGGUUAUUACCCUAAAUUUUCGAUGAUUCUUUGGUCGUGGAGAACUGGUGAAAAAAUCAUGAAUGUUAACACGCCCAUGCAAAAUGAUGUUAAACAGAUACUUAGAAUCAAUCAAACUGGUCCAACACUCAUAGCACAAUUGGGCAAAACUUGUGGCGAAUUGUUUAUUUGGAGUCUCAAUGUAAUCAGCAAGACUUACAUUCUUAAAGAUCAUGAGAUAAAACUACCAAAAAAUGAGCUGAUACGUUGGGUAGAUUGGUGUCCUUUACCAGGUGAUCCUAUAUUGGCGAUAACUGAUCAUGACGGGCACAUAUAUUUGAGUAAUGAGGAUGGUACGAAUGUGUAUCGUAUCGUUUAUUCUCAACAUUGCGGAUUAUGCAAUGAUUAUGAAAUGCCAAGUAUUUGUUGGUAUCGUGAUGGAAUAAUUUUAAGGACUACGUUUUGUCAAAUAUGUUAUUAUAAAAAAUAUAUUAAUAAUGAUGUUUGGAAUAAAGAAUGGUGUAUUAAAUCUACGACAAAACCCUAUAUAUUGAUAACAUGCCCUUUAAAGAAUGAUUGGUUAUUUUAUUACACACUAGAGGGAUACUUGAUGCAAAUUCAUUUUUUGGAAAGUCAUGCAAUACCGUUAAUACAAGAAUACUAUUAUCACGGUGCUAAUUAUCGUUACCUUGAUUUUGUAUAUCCUUGGUGCCAUCACGUAGUAGUAACCAGCGACAAUUCUAAGGACUUAGCAGUAUUAGAAUGCAAUUCUGGAAUGGAAAUAGCAAGAAUCUCUCCAGAAACGAUCGGUGAUAUUUCUUGUCAAGCUUCGCAUCCAGAUUAUCCUCUUAUUGCGUUAACCACUAACAAGGGUGAAGUAAUUUUCAUCCGUAUAAUUAAUCCAAAGAAUCCUGAGAUUAUCGUAAACAUGAGACUAUAUAAAAAGCCGCUAAACUUAAUCAAAUUUUCUUCGUCCGGAAGGUCCCUCGUUGUCAGCGAUACAAAAUCUGGCAAUUGUUUUUGCAUCAGCCUAAAAAGCGAUGCGUAUAGAGUGAUAGGUCAAGUUCAUGUAAAAAAAGUAAUCAGCGAUGUGUUGUUAUGUGAUAAUCACAAAGGAUUUAAAAUAUACGUUAUACCCGUUACAUCGAUGACAAAUUUCGUCGGAGAACAAGUUCUUAUUUAUAAAGUGUCGAAGAUGGAAGUACAAAUGAAAGAGAUCAUCGGGACAUUAAAUUUACAUAAUCGUUUUCGUAAUUUAUAUAACGUACCGGGAAAUUAUCAAUUGGUGGUAGGUACACCGUAUCUUACAAGACAACUUCAAACAUUAAAACUAUUAGAAACAACAACGAAAGACAUCGAAAUAGUUGGCACAAUGCCAACGAAUCAUUAUUUUCGAUGUGCACGUCUUUUCGCCGAUCGUAAUUGGCUAACGACGGCCGCAUACGAUGGUUUGAUCAUCGUUAGAAAUAAGUCGAUAAAAGAAAUAGUGGCAAGUAUGAUGACACAUCAUAGACAUGACUUUGGAUCUGUGAAAGGUCUAGUUAACUCUAAUGCUAAUUUAGCUAUUGCCCUUGGUCACGAUGGGUCAUUAGUGGGAAUGAAGAAAGUAGAGCAAGUGGCCAAUCAGCAAGAGGAUAUCACAAAGAAAUUGUAUCUCGUUGAUGAUUCUGUAUACGAAAAAGAGAAAGAAAGGAUACUUGCUGAUUAUGCUAGUUUGAAUUCAUCGUUAGUAAGUCUACUGAAUCCAGCCAAGCAAGGAUUAAAUAAAUUCAAAGAGGAGAUCGAUUUGACCUGGGUCGAGUGGAUAGCAAAGGAAAAAUUAAAGGAAGAAGAAACUGCAUGCGCUCAGAAAAGAACAAGCAUAAUGAAGGACUUCUUGGUUCUGAAGAACGUCGUCGUAGAACUGCUGAAUAAGAACGAAAUCGUUCCGGAGCUGGAGAGGUUACCGGUGUCGGCUUUCGACCUCGACAAGGCCGAGCGCGAGCACGCGAUGAAAGUAGCAAAGCAUGCUCGAGAAGAUAAGCGACUGGAGUACGAGUUCAAUUGCAGUUCUAUGGACCACAUUGCCGCUUGGAUCAAAAGAACUUAUUGGGAUCCUCAGAAGAUUCUUGCUAAAUCGAUCUUUUCGAUAUUGAAUUCUCUCGAAGUGACGAAUUUUCCAUUCGUUCUUGAAAACCCAGAAAUUAAAGAAGCCCUCGAGUACGCUGAAUUUCAAAGGACCUUUUUAUGUAGUAUCGUCAAAUCGAACUAUUUUCAAUGUUGGCAAAUAUAUACAGAAUCUCAGCUUGAAUUGGCAUUGGUUGAUCCUUUAAAAUUGACUCGCGAAGAAAAGGUAAGGGUGGGUGAACUCUUGGGAGAUGAGGAACGUGAGAUCGAUGAACAAGAACUGGCAGAGCAAAGGGCUUUCGAAGGUAUGACGGGCCACCGGUUCAUCGAGCAAUCCCCUCAUUAUUACUCGCAGAUGGAAUCUUAUGGGUUUGGUCAGGUGAUACUGAAUAAUCAUUACCUGAUGGACGAUUGCAACAAACUCCGAUCUUACUUCAAUAAGAUUUUUAAUGAGAUUUAUGAGAAAAAGGAACGCGAAAUGAAAGUGAUACAAGAUAAAAUCAACAGGAUAUAUUACAUUGAUUCUGAAUUAAAAAUCAUGUUCAAUAAAUCGAUACCACGUUUGCCUUUGGUACCCACGUGGCACAUUAAGGAAAGACCUGAGGAAAUCAUACGAGUUUUGGAUAACGAAGUGAAGGUUAAACCUUAUAUUUCACCGUCGCAACAAGAAAUUUUAGAUAAACAGGAAGCCGAAGCCGAAAGGAUCAGGCAAUUGUUACUAGCCGAUGAUUUCCGAGAGCGUGCACUGAUGGCAAUGAUGGAUGGUGUGUUAGAAGUUCGAUGGGAAGACAUUAUUAAGAAGGACAUACCAAAACCCAGCUGUAUGCUGAUCAAAAAACCAGAGGAUUACACAGCUGAAGAUAUUCGGGCGGUUAAAAAGUAUGAAGACGACAUUAAGAAUCGUUUGGAAGAAAGAGAACAUUACAAAAGGAUAUUACAAUCUGAUUAUGUGAAAUUGGAAUCUUCUUUGCAAGAAGGCAUUGAUAAAUUUAAUGCCAAAUUGGAUGAAGUAUUUCUGUUGAGAAUAAAAUUGGAAGCUGCGAUAAAACAAAUGGAACUUCGUUACGUACGUGGUCGUAUACGGAAUUACAAUCGUGUCAAGAAUAUUGAAAGCUACGAGAGGAUAAAAAAUAAAAUUGAGAAGAAUCAAACGUCCGAGAUGAUACUUAAAGAAGAAUUGGAAUCUCUCAAAAAUAUUCAAAAGAAUUUGUUAAGCCCGUUAGAAGCAAUGUUUAAUCGUGAAAAAAUAUUGAACAAGAAUUUUAGAUUAGAAUUUCCGUCUUUGGGAAAAUCAUCAGUAGAACUUAUCUUACGUCAGUACAAGCGUCGACCGAGAACGAAUUUGAAAAACAUCAGUAUGUCCGAUUUACUUGAUCUUGGUAAAUGCGUUUUAAAUCGAAUAAAAUUGGUCUACUUGCCAAAGAUAUGUACGGAAUAUUUGAAAUUGCUGGAUGAAUUGGACGUACGACCAACCACAUUGCCAUCUUUGAUAGAAGAUCAUAACUGGGAACAUUUAACGCGAAUUCGACGUCAGCGGAUCGAGUUGGAGCUUAGGAUAAAGGCUCAACAGGCUGAGAUAAAUCGAGCGGAGAGGGUAGUAAAUGCCUACGGUGAGAAAUUGAAGAAUAGUCAACAUAGAACACGCGAAUUGAGAAAGAUAUUAAGUAAAAUGAAAGAAGAUGGAAGGAUCUUCGAUGUGAACACCGAGAUUCAGUUAGUUAUGAGAAUGGGCCAGGUAGAGAUAGAUUUGCAUGGUCAUUGCGAUGACACCUUAAACGCGAUCCUUAUACCUAGAAAAGUUAUCGAGGAUGUGAACGUGUUGAUCGCAGAGGCGGGAGAACGUAAAGUGAAGGCAGUGGAGCAUACGAUCAGUUUUCAAAAGACCGUUCGAAAUAAGGAAUGGGAGCAUCAUGCGUUAAAGAUGCAAAUCGAUGAUCUUAAAGAUGAUCUACACUUCAUCGAGAACACCAACCUCACUAGGGAAAUACAGAUAUAUUUAAAACGAAGGGCCAGGAAUUUGAGGGAAGACAGAACUACCCAACGUUUGGAAAGGGAACUCACGAUGAUGCAGAAUUAUUUUGGCAAAAAUCUCAAUGAAUGGGCCGAAAAACUCAAAGAGGUCGAUAAGAAGAUCGAGACCAUCAAGAGGAAAAACGAUCUUCUUGAUCGCAUGAUCAUGAACAUGAACGUGGUGAGGUGCGAGAUGGAGUAUAGCCGUGAUCUUAUCGGUGAGGAGAGGCAACGUCGGUACAUGGACCGGAAGAUGCAGAUUCACAUGAAGAGAUCCGAUCUGAUCAAGAAACUUCAAGAUAAUUAUGCGGAGCUCUUGGCUCUGCAGACGGAACACGAGCUAUUACGAUUGCGACGUUAUCCGGCGUUGAAAUUCUUUAGAAGACUCGACGAUUCGAACGAUAAAAGGAAGCCUUGUUGA